AUGUUUACGAUCCACAAUUCACAAAAGAGCGUUUACGAAAUUCCGUCAGAUGCGGGGACCGUUAUGUUCUACGAACGCAUUUACGUUUUGGUGUCCAUUGCCAACGCAAUAGCUGUCCACGGCUACGACUAUGCCGAGCUGAGGUAUCCCACAGACAGCGCUGGUAACAGUAUGAGACCGAGCGAGCGUGUGAGAGAAAACAGAGAAGAGCUGAGGAGAAUCAUAGAGAUGCUGAACGGCCGCCACGGAGAGCAGAUAGAAAAAGAACCCGACGUUGUAUCGAAUGGACUGCAGGCUUACGGAGAAGACUUGGAGGAAAGCGGCGCAGUGGAAGACCAAGUGGCCCGGCUCAAGGGGCUCCUGAAAAUGCUUCAGAGGAACUACGACCACCGUCUCAAGAUGUACCCUGAGGAGGAUGCCAGCUCGAGGGUCCACGUCAUCGCGAACCCCGAAGUCCUCGACAGUUUCAAGAAAGACCUGCGCAGUAAAUACCGCUCGACUUCAAGCUCCAGCGAUUUGGAUACGAGUACUGAGGACCUAUCUUAUUACAGGAGAUGGGCGACUGCUCGAAAUAAAAACCGUGCAUCGUCUAGAGGUAAGCUGAAUGUUCGUCACAAUCAGGACAGAUCUCCAUACAAGUUGGUAGCGGGCAAACCGCAAGCGGUGCCGACAAACGAAGAGAGCUUCGUCAUAUUCAAGCGCAGCGGUCACCGGGGCUCCACGCAGAAGAGGAAAGAGCGCGGUGCUCGCGAUCUGACGAAGUCCAACGAAUUGUUGAAAGGCUACAAGGAGACGAAGCUCUCCUGGGGACAGGUGGAGGUCAGCCACGAGCGGUUCGACUCCCAGAGAUGGGACACACGGCCGAAGCCCCGGCCGCAAUCGCCCAAAGGCGCCAUCGGAAAAUCGCCGGAACCCAACAAGGUUUUCGUCGUCAGCGACGUGUCCGGCGAGACGGAGAAGAAGCUGACGGUGAACGAGAAAGUAUUGGAAGCUUCCAGAAGCGUCGAGAGAUGGAGAAACGUGAAACCGAAACGGAGCAGGCCAAAAGCAAAAAGCUACGGCCGGGGCGCAUACGGGAACGGUAGGACGUCGAUACCGCUUGGAAAACGCAGCGUCUAUGAGGAAGACAAA